AUGGCCUCUGACCACGGCAACGGGCCUCCAGGCGACCGCUCUCGUGGCGACCUCCCCACCGGCGACCAAGCCGGCUCUGAUGCCGGCCAUGCAGGAGAUAGGAAUUGGCAGAAUGGCGGCCGGAAGACGCCCGACAGCUUGUACCGCCUCAGGCCAACCACAUCCGGAUCUGCCGUGACGUCCUCGGCCCCGGCCGGAUGGCAAGACGAGCCGCCCCGCAAGAGCGCCGAAAGAAACCGAUCGAAACAAAGGAGUCGACGGACUGCCAGCGGCCAGAUACGCAUCUGCAAAAAGUGCGACGAGCCGUUGACAGGCCAGUUCGUCCGAGCCCUCGACGGCACCUUUCACCUCGACUGCUUCAAAUGUCGCGACUGCGGCGAAAUCGUAGCCUCCAAGUUCUUCCCGGCAGACGACGAAAUUGGAGAUGGACAGUACCCCCUCUGCGAAAGGGACUACUUCCGACGACUGGACCUACUCUGUUACCAGUGCGGUGGUGCCCUUCGUGGGUCCUACAUCACUGCCCUGGACCGAAAGUAUCAUGUCGACCACUUCACCUGCUCGCUCUGCUCCACCGUAUUCGGCGCCCAGGAUAGUUAUUAUGAGCAUGACAGCAAUGUUUACUGCCACUAUCACUACUCGACUCAGUUUGCACAGAAAUGCAACGGUUGCCAGACGGCCAUCCUGAAGCAGUUUGUCGAGAUUUUCCGCAACGGGCAGAACCAGCACUGGCAUCCCGAGUGCUACAUGAUACACAAGUUCUGGAACGUGCGCCUAGGACAGCCGUCAGAGGCGCCCGGGGAGGAAUCAGAGGCUGACGAUCCAGCCGGCCGAGAGUUGGUUCGCGAAGAAGAGGAACGCACCGAGGACAAGGUCUACCGAAUAUGGAGUGUCCUCUCCACCUUCGAGGAGUCCUCCGCAGCUUGCAUCUCGGACAUGCUUUUGCACGUUAGCAACGGAGCGUACGUCGACGGCGUCCUGGUGGCUAAGCGCUUCAUCUGGCACGUCGAAGUCUUGUUCAAUUCCGCAGAUAGACUCGACUCUAUGGUGACCGGGCAUAACCCUAGUGGCAAUGGUAUCUCAUAUGGACGAGAAGCCAAGCUUCUUUGCAAGAAAAUCGUCUCAUUCUUCUCUCUGUUGUCCAAGACUCAAGAUCAUACCGUCAGGAAGCUAGGUGUCACCCAGGAGCUCCUGUCGCUUGUAACUGGCCUCGCCCACUACCUCAAGCUGUUGAUACGCAUCUGCCUUCAAGGAGCCCUACGCUUGGAGCGCGAGGCAGGCACCAGCAGUGGCCUUCACCAACUUCUAAACGAUCUUGCCGAUUUUGAAACGUACAAGACGGACGAGAAUAUGCUGCAGGCGGCCAUGGGUGGUGCACGCCUGGCGAUUAAGGACUCGGAUCACUGUGCAAUCUGCGGCCGAUCUGUGGAGGACGAGUGUGUCACAAACGGAGACCUGCGAUGGCACAUCGCCUGCGUCAAGUGCAACCGAUGCGGUCGCGAAUUGGGAGGAUCGCUAGCAGAGUCGGGAUUCAAUUCCUUCGACCGCCGAAUGUAUUGCACCAAUUGUGUUGCCGCCAAAACGGACGGAUCGCCGCCGCUGGUGUAUGUCACCAAGCUGCAGCAGUACGUCUUCCUCCUCAAGGUUGCCCUCGCCCGUCUCUUGGACAUUCUCCGGAACAAAGGCGCGUUGCCGCGCACUGGCGAGGACCUCAACGGAGCCGCUGGCGCACCACCAUUCUUGGCAUCGGAUGCCAGAUCAAAAUCGUAUGGGGGGGGAGGGGACAAGGAAUCAAGCCAUCGGGAGUCGACGUACGAAAAUACGCUCAAUGAGGUCAGGAGACUGCGCAGCACUCGACUCGAUCGCCAUCUGUCAUCGAGCGUUAGGCAAGCUCGGACGUCGCGCGUUAUGGAGGCGGAUGGCCAAGAACCUCGCCCUGGAUCCGCCGACGGAGACGAUGGAGGACCGCAGGGCUCGACAGACAUCAUGUUUGGGCAGAACGAUGCCAUCACCCUCGACGACAUCCCUCGGAUCGUCGCCGUCGAGCAGUCCCGCGAGCAGCAGCAGCAGCAGCAGCAGCAACGGGACCGCAACUUGCGCCAGGACCUCUUCAGGUCGACCGCCACGGAUCGCGAUCGGGUGUCCAACCACCAGCGGGCGCAAUCGGCCGGCAGAAGCGCCGAUUUGCGUGCGGCCGACCCCCUGCCGACUCGCCUGACUCGCAAGUUCUUCCCCGAGCUCUCAGGGCUGGAGUACUUUAAUGUGCGGCACCUGUCCGUGCUGACGAUGCAGCCCAUGGUGGAGCAGGACUUCACCCUCGAGGAGCUGCUCAGCUUUAUCGAAUCCAGAAAGCAGCCGACAUUUUGGAAGAAUCUCGGCAAGGCGUUCAAGAACGACAAGAACAAGAAUGUCAAGAAAAAGGGCGUCUUCGGGGUCCCGCUCGAGGUGAUCAUCGAGCGCGACGGAGCGGACUCGACCGACGGCGUCGGCCCUGGCACGUUGCGCAUUCCUGCCAUCAUCGACGACAUCAUCUCGUCGAUGCGCAAAAUGGACCUCUCGGUCGAGGGCGUAUUCCGCAAGAAUGGCAACAUCAAGAAGCAGCAGGAGCUCGUUGACAAGAUCAACGCCGACGGCUGUGACGUCGUGAACUUUAUGGAUCAACCGGUGGUCCAGUUGGCAGCCCUCCUCAAGCGGUAUCUCCGAGAUCUGCCGGAUCCCCUGAUGACGCACAAGCUGUACAGGCUCUGGGUGGGAGCCGCCAGGAUACUGGAUCCCGUGAAAAGGAAACAGUGCCUGCACUUGGCCUGCUGCCUGCUGCCCAAGACGCACCGCGACUGUCUCGAGAUUCUCCUCACGUUCCUGAAGUGGGCAGGCUCGUUUCAUCAGCUCGACGAGGAGGUCGGAUCGAAGAUGGACAUUCGAAAUCUUGCGACAGUCAUCGCGCCCAACAUCCUCACCAACCCCAACAGGGCACCAGCCCUUGAUAGCGAAGCCAUAUAUGUUAUCGAUGCAGUCGAGAUACUUAUCAGCAACAUAGAGGAGAUGUGCCAGGUUCCGGACGAACUCCUGACCUUGCUGAAUGACCCGUACCUGUUUAGCAACAACGGUGAGACGACGACAAAGGAGAUCCUGAAACGAUUCCAGGACCGACGGGGGCAGCUUCCCGUUGGUGAGGCCAGCGAGGCGUAUAACCGCAAGGACAACUCGACGCACUCGCCGCCACGACGUGUCGAAACAGACCCAGCCGUGUGGAAGAGCGAGAGAACCGUCCGGCCGGUGCAAGAUCCCGCUUCCUCGUCGGCGGCGCAUCCCGUGCAUGGAACUCCACCGCAAGGAUGGGGUGGGUCUGGUAACCAUCCUGCGCCGUACAACAACCGAUUCAACCGCUCGGACAGUCAGCUCGAGAGUUCGGAACACAGCCAACGUGGAGAGUGGCGGAACUCGGCCUGGGGCCGCCGCGGCGGAGGUCUCGGCGUCGGUGGUAACAUAUGA